UCAUAUCAAGAAUAAGGAAUAAGACCUUUCUAGGACGGAUGUGAAGGAGACCCAAGGACAUCAGUUGAGGGCUGUGCCUUCCAAAUUUUGAUGUGCAUAGGAAUUACCAGGGGAUCUUGUUGCAAUGCAGAUACUGAUUCAGUAAGUCUGGGUCAGCCCUGCGAUUUGGCGUUUUUAACGAAUUCCCUCACGAUGCUGAGGUUGCUGGUUCAGGGACUACAUUUUGCCUAUCGGGGUGUAGAGAAAAAACAGUCCAAAUCGUAACAAGAAGACUACGGUACAGAGAGAGACACACACAGACAUUUAUCUCCUUCUCGGAGAUAAUCAGGAAUGAAUUAGUGUAAGCCAAUAACCGUACAGUAGGGGAGGGAGAGGGAUGGAGGAGAAGGCGGAAAGUAUUAACAUUUUAAGUAAAUACAAAUGAAAAAACAAGGAAGGGGCUGUAUUGAGGGCAGCCGCAUACAUCCAACCUUGUCUCUAGUAGACACCUGAAGAGGAAGGUUGGACCACACGAGCGGUUCAGAUUUAGUAGUCUGGGGGUCUCUGGAGCGACCCUGGAAGAUGCUUCAGAAAGCCUAGAUGCGGACCACGCUGACGGAAGACGCACCUUCCCCACGCCCAGCCCGGGAGUGGGUGGGGCCUCAAUGCGCCAAGCGCCAGGUCUCAGGGGGCGGGGCAUGGGCGGAACCUUUCAUCUAAAUUGGCGCGCCCGGGCGGUGCUGGGAUUCGGAUUGGAAGCUUUUGAACCCGGAAGCAGUUGGCGGCGCCCGGAAGCAGUCGCGGAUCCGGGAAUUCUGCUGGUGCUGCAGCUGCAGAAUGAGUGAAAACACAGUUGAUAUGAAGAAAAGUAAAUUUUGUGAAGCUGAUGUCUCCAGUGACCUUCGAAAAGAAGUAGAAAAUCAUUAUAAGCUCUCUUUACCUGAAGAUUUCUAUCACUUCUGGAAGUUCUGUGAAGAACUUGAUCCUGAAAAGCCAGCUGAUUCACUUUCUGCAAGUCUUGGACUUCAGUUAGUUGGUCCUUAUGAUAUCCUUGCUGGAAAACAUAAAAUGAAGAAAAAAUCAACAGGCCCAAAUUUUAACCUUCAUUGGAGGUUUUACUAUGAUCCUCCUGAGUUUCAGACCAUUAUUAUUGGAGAUAAUGAAACUCAGUACCACAUGGGGUAUUUCAGGGAUUCUCCUGAUGAACUUCCUGUAUAUGUUGGUAUAAAUGAAGCCAAGAAAAAUUGUAUAAUCGUUCCAAAUGGAGACAAUGUAUUUGCUGCAGUCAAAUUAUUUUUGAUGAAAAAACUUAAAGAAGUAACGGAUAAAAAGAAAACCAAUCUCUUGAAAAACAUAGAUGAAAAACUCACAGAAACAGCCAGAGAACUGGGGUACUCACUGGAACAGAGAACCAUGAAGAUGAAACAGAGAGAUAAGAAAGUUGUGUCAAAGACCUUCCAUGGUGCAGGCUUGGUUGUUCCAGUAGAUAAAAAUGAUGUUGGGUACAGAGAGCUCCCUGAAACAGAUGCUGACCUCAAGAGAAUUUGCAAGACAAUAGUUGAGGCUGCAAGUGACGAGGAGAGACUAAAAGCUUUUGCUCCCAUUGAGGAAAUGAUGACUUUUGUGCAGUUUGCUAAUGAUGAAUGUGAUUAUGGCAUGGGGCUUGAGUUGGGAAUGGACCUCUUUUGCUAUGGCUCACAUUAUUUUCAUAAAGUUGCUGGUCAUCUUUUACCUCUUGCUUAUAAACUGUUGAAGAGGAAUCUGUUUGCAGAAAUCAUUGAGGAACAUCUGGCAAACAGAAGUAAAGAGAACAUAGACCAACUUGCUGCAUGAGUAAGGAGGCUUAUUUGGUGUACAGUAUUUCAAGGGACUAAUAUUAAACUUGUGAUUUUUGUUUUGUUUUUAAGGAAUACAAAAAAAUAUAUACUAAAAAUA